GUGGUUUGAAAAUGCAUUAUUUUGCCUGUGCGGAAGGGGCCUAAGUUAUCAGAACAAAAUGCAAAAGAAUGUCCUCCCCUUUUCAACCAACCUAUCUUUUAAUUGUUUCAUUCAACAGCGCUACCUAGAGAGAGUGGGAUCAUGGACCCCAGGCUUUCCAUUGCAAUAACCCAUUCUCAAUCUACAUUAGACCACCUUGGCAAAGUUAAUCCUUUUUUGACAAAGGACAUGGUUGGAUAAGACGAAGUGUUUGUCAUGGUUCUUCAUUGAUACUUCAUAGUACUUGGUGGGUUAUGUUGGCUCCACAGGCCCCUGGGCAGUGGUGGGAUUCAGCCAAUUUGCACCGGUUCAGUAGAAAUGGUUGUAAUCCCACCACUGACGGGGGGGCUGCCGCUGUGGCACUUGCUUGUGCCCCGUCCCCCCAGCCUUCAUUCAGGCUACCUCCUGUGCUCCCUGGGCUCUGGGGAGGGCAGGAGGCAGCCUGAACCAAGGCCGGGGAGCGCAGUGCUUGCCCAAGCCCCAUCCCCUCUGCCUUUAUUCAGGUCCUGGGAAGAGCAGGAAGCGGCCCGAGACUGCUGCCACCCUCCUUCGCUGGCUAAGUUGCAGAUGUCAAGGACAUGGUGGGUGACAAGGAAGCAGGAAGAGGAAUUAUGGAAAGACAUAAAGAUCUUGAAGAAAGGGCAAAAUAUGGAGAUCAAGUGGUGCCAAACCAGCAGCAGCGAAGAAAAAGAGAAGCAAGACAAAAGCAGAGGAAGGAAUUGAUUGCCCAUCAAAGCAGGAAGAUGCCUGAGAUCCCAGUCCAGAAUAUAACACAGCUAAGAAGGAGAAAGCAUCACAGUCCCAGCAAGGCACCUGCAUUCAGUUGCAAAUCAACCCAUGAAAACCAUCAGAAAAAGUAUAAAUCGUUGGAUUAUGAAAAGAGGGUCUACUGGAAUAGCGAACUAUCUAAACAUCAAGCACGUCAUUCAGGGGAGAAACUAUAUAAUUGCUUAGAGUGUGGGAAGUGCUUCUCUGAGAAUGGCAACCUAGCUAAACAUCAAAGGAUUCACACAGGGGAGAAGCCACAUAAAUGCAAGGAUUGUGGGAAGUGCUUCUCUCAGAAUAGCACACUAACUAUACAUCGAAGGAUUCACACAGGGGAGAAGCCAUAUGAAUGCAAGGAUUGUGGAAAGUGCUUCUCUCAGAAUAGCAACCUAACUACACACCAAAAGGUUCACUCAGGGGAGAAGCCAUAUAAAUGCUUGAAGUGUGGAAUGUGUUUCUCUGGGAAUAGCAACCUAACUGCACAUCAAAAGGUUCACUCAGGGAAGAAGCCAUAUACAUGCUUGAGGUGUGGAAAGAGUUUCUCUCGGAAUGAAACCCUAACUGCGCAUGAAAGGGUUCACAAAGGGGAGAAGCCAUAUAAAUGCUUGGAGUGUGGAAAGUUCUUCUCUCAGUAUGUCCACCUAACUGUACAUCAAGUGGUUCACACAGGGAAGAAGCCAUAUAAGUGCUUGGAGUGUGGAAAGUGCUUCUCUUGGAGUAACACACUAAGUGCACAUCGAGCAGCUCACAUAGGGGAGAAGCCAUAUAAAUGCUUGCAGUGUGGAAAAAGCUUCUCUUGUAAUGGAAACCUAACUCAACAUCAGAAGAUUCACACAGGGGAAAAACCAUAUAAAUGCUUGGAGUGUGGAAAGAGCUUCUGUACAAAUAACCACUUAACUAGACAUAAAAAGAUUCACACAGGUGAAAAGGCAUAUAAAUGCUUAGAGUGUGAAAAGACAUUCUCUGAGAAGGGCAAUCUAAGAAGGCACCAACAGGUUCAUGCAGGGAAGAAACCAUAUAAAUGCUUGGAGUGCGGAAAGAGUUUCUCUUGGAGUGGUGAGCUAAUUCAACAUCAAAGGAUUCAUACAGGUGAGAAACCAUAUAAAUGCUUGGAAUGUGGAAAGGGCUUCUUUAGGAAGAACAGCGCAACUGAACAUCAGAAGGUUCACACAGAGGAGAAGCCAUAUGAAUGCUUGGAGUGUGGAAAGAGAUUCUUUACAAAGGCCAAACUAAGUAAUCAUCAAAGAGUUCACACAGGAGAGAAGCCAUAUAAAUGCUUAGUAUGUGGAAAGAGAUUCACUGAGAAGCGCACCGUAACUAAGCAUCAAAGGGUUCACACAGGAGAGAAGCCAUAUGAAUGCUUGGAGUGUGGAAAGAGAUUCUCUGAGAAGGGCACCCUAACUAAGCAUCAAAGUGUUCACACAGGGGAGAAGCCAUAUAAAUGCUUGGAGUGUGGAAAGAGAUUCUCUUUGAUUGCAAGCCUAAAUGUACAUAAAAAGAUUCACACAGGUGAGAAACCAUAUAAAUGCUUGGAGUGUGGAAAGGGCUUCUUUAGAAAGGACAGCGCAACUGAACAUCAGAAGGUUCACACAGGGGAGAAGCCAUAUGAAUGCUUGGAGUGUAGAAAAAGAUUCUUUGCGAAGGACAACUUAAGAAAGCAUCAAAGGGUUCACAUGGAGGAGAAGCCACAUAAAUGCUUGGAGUGUGGAAAGAGAUUCUCUGCGAAGAGCACCCUAACUAAGCAUCAAAGGGUUCACACAGGGGAAAAGCCACAUAAAUGCUUGGAGUGUGGAAAGAGAUUCUCUGCGAAGAGCACCCUAACUAAGCAUCAAAGGGUUCACACAGAGGAGAAGCCAUAUAAAUGUUGGUAGUAUGGAAAAAGAUUCAAUCGGGGCACAAGCUUUAGCUUACACCACAAAAGCCAUGCAAGGGAAAUAGCCAUCUAAUCUCAUUACAUGGGAAACCAAUUUAAGUGUGAAACCAAUGGGAAACCAAUUUAAGUGUUCCCCAUCUGGGGAAUAUGACAAUUUAUACCCCACUAAAACAUUCCCUUCUCACUGGACACAGUGUGUAACAGACUUCCCUCUGUGAUACAGCUCUGAAGAUGCCAGCCACAGAUGCAGGCAAAACGUCAGGAACAAGAUCCACCAGACCAUGGCCACACAGCCCGGAAAACCCACCACAACCAAUUUAAGUGUGUUCAUUGUUUCCACUCAUUGAAAAAUAAGGGAAAAUCCAUUGUAGCUCAACCAUGGGCAUGAAGUCCAGGAUACUGAAUCCAAGAAGAUGAAUGUGCUAAAUGAUUGCUACUGAAGGAACUCAGUUCAGUUUGUCCUGAGAUGAAGCAGAGAGGUGUCAGCACAGUUGUCAGGAAUUCACAUGAUUGCAUUUGUGAUUGCUGGCUGACCCAGCCCCUCUUUGUAACUGGCUGGGCAGAUCUUAGCUUUCAUCCUUGCUUUCAAGCAAAUGGCAUCUAUACAUUAAACAGGUGCUGCAUCUUUUUAACCUGCAAUUCAACACUCAGACAAUGCCAGCAUUUCUUCAGUUGAGUCUGGUGAAGUAAGGGCCUGCUUCCCUCAACUGCUGCCUGGUUGGAAUUAAGGAAUGGCCUUUAAGGCUGGAGAUCUUCCAUCAAAACAUCCUCCUGCUCUUUAGAUUCAUUGUGCUGGAUUUCUGCCAGAGCUGGGUUUCUCCUUAAACAGCUCCUUCCAUGGUUCAGGGACUAACUCACAACCUUCAAUGUGCUUUUUGCUAGGCUGAAUAGACAACUUUACGGGCCAAAGAUUUGAGGUGAUCAAAGCCCAAUGACCAAUCAGAUCCAUGCUUGGGGAUCAAAAAAAAUCACACAACUCUGUUGCUGACCUAGUUGUUACUAGACUGCCCGUGGUGGUAGUGGGGCUCUGUUUUAAGACAAUGGUGUCUCUACCCAUCCUUUUUCAAUCCUUGGGAUGCCUAGCAGUGCCAUGCCAAAAUGAUGUUCUCUGCACUGGCUAGUGUACCCACAAGGACAGUAAAAUCUUGUCUGAACUUUCCCUCUCCCAAUCUUGCAAAUAACCAACUCACACCCUUCCUAAAGGGUUUUAAACUAACUCCCUGACCUGCAGAGCGUUCCCAUCUCCAGCCCUGCACAACCUGCCCUGCUAAGACUUGCUGAUGUAUUUGCCCCAAGUCUUCAUGCCAGUGAUGUAGUAACUUAAAACUUCUUCCUCUGACUAAUUUCUCUCUAAAGACUACCUUAUUUACAUUGUAAUUGUUUUACAGCUGUAAUUUCCCCCUUUUGGGCACUUCCUUCUUAGCCACUUAAAUCAAGUGCUCAACCCAUUAGACUAAUGUCCCAUACUUAAGCUUUAUGUCUCUCUCUAUGUCUCUCCAUGGAAGGGCAAAACUCUCCUUUAUCCAGGAAGAUUAAACUCUCUAAGCAUGGUCAGAGGGCCCAACCUUCCCUAUAAAAUAGCCACUUUCCCAAAUGCUCACAGCCCAAUACUUCUGAGUCUGCCUUUGGGUUCAGUUGCUACUGCGUAUCAUCUGCUUUUCAUCCUAUUUCCUUGAAGCCCAGUGUAGGUCAUGGGACUCUGCUUCAUGGACCCAAAGCCACUUCAGGAUCUAGUACAGCUUUGCCCCCAAUAAUUUUCUCAGUCCCUUCACUAUUCCCAACCUAUCCCCUCAACACUGCAUAUAUCCUAAGUUUGUAUGUGUGUUCUGCUGCUUUGAUUAUUGUGUGCUUGUAUAUUUAUUAUUAAGUACAUUUACCAUAAUUAAAUUGUUAAACUUA